AUGCCUCCUCAAAAAAAAUUAAGAAAACAUUUGAAAAAGAUAUCAUCAAUAGGUGUUGCAAGUUGCAGAUUGAAAAAAAAAUAUAAUAAAGAUUUGCCUAAAUCUCAAGUUAUUGAAAUUUUGAAGUCUAUGAGCUCCAAUGAACUCCAUGAAAUCAUCCAUGAAAUUAGCUCUAAUGAAUUUCAAGAAAUUUUCCAUUCAAAUGGAUCCCAAGAAAUUAUUUGUGAAAUGAAUUCUGAUGAACUACAGGAAACAAUCCAUGAAAUUAAUUUUGAUGAACCUCAAGAAACCAUCCAUGAAAUUAACUCUAAUGAAUUUCAAGAAAUUAUCCAUUCAAAUUGUGAGAGUAGUGAUGAGAAUUUUGGAGAAGAAGCAGCAAAAGCAAUUUUAGGAGAAUAUUUAUAA